UUUGUUGACAGUUGAAGCUUGUGUAGUUUACCGCGGUUUGUAGUUUGUAUUUUAUUCGAAACAAAAAUAUGGAAUAAUAAAUUAAUAAAACAUACUGUUGUUAAUUAGCAAGCCAACAGAAAAUUUAAAUUGAAUAAUAUGGGUUUUUCUGUGGUGAUAAUGGUGGCAACAACUUCAGAAUAGGUAAACAGAUUAUCGUACGAGUACGAAUAGGUUGAACUCGCAGCUUCUAGAAGGUAGGCCGUGAUUGUACGAGAGAGUACAAAUGAGUUGAACUUGCAGCUUCUAGAAGGUAGGCUUUGGCCGAAGUUGCAAGACUAGCAGAGAAUAUUCCAGUAAAGAACGUUGGGUUCUGGCUAGCUAUAUAUAAGAAGCCAGCGCCCAAAUGAAUUCAGUUUGAAGCCGAAGCCUGCGUGAGGUUGUUGAUAGAGAAGCUUACGUUCGUUGCAGAUCCUUGUACGAAGAAGUCUGAAGAUGUCUAUGCUGCCGUACGUUUUCCGUGAUGCUAUUGAUGACUUCUAUCGCCCCAUGUCACUGUUCGAUCAGAACUUCGGGAUGGGGCUCCUGAACUCCGAACUUGCGAGGCCCAGGUACUGGGAGAGACCCCUUCGUCAAUUGGCCCGAAUGGAGCAGGAGCUGAACAAGAUGAUCCCAGCUGCCGGAAUUGUAGACGAUCCUAAUCAGUUCAAGGUGAACGUGGACGUGCAGCAGUUCCGGCCGGAGGAGAUCAAGGUGAAGACGGUGGACAACUGUGUGGUGGUGGAGGGCAAGCAUGAGGAGCGCAAGGACGAGCACGGCUACAUCACCCGAGAGUUCCAGCGCCGCUACACUCUGCCAGAUGGCGUGGACCCGGCGGCUGUCACCUCCACCCUGUCCUCGGAUGGAGUCCUCAGCAUCGCGGCCCCCAAGCAGGAGGCCUUGAAAGGAGGCGAGCGUGUCGUACCGAUUGCCCACACCAACGCUCCGGCUGUGAAGCAUACGGCAGAGAAGUGAAGACUUUUCUUUGCCUUGUUUAUUCUGUUUCUCAAACUGCAAUGUUGAUGACUACUUUUGUUCAUGUGUUGUAAUACUUUCGUUCAUAUUUGUAAGACUGUUCAUUUAAGACUGAUGUAUACUUAGUAUUAAUAAAAUUUUGUGUGAAAUAAGA